CAAACCCAGCCUUCUUCAUUUUCUCUGAACCCUAAAGCCUCUCAGUUUUACUCUUUAUCAACCAAAUAAAACCAAACAGAAGGGGAAGGCUUGGACACGAUGGCCGCCGGCGGUGGCUCAGAUGCGGCGGAGACUAAUAGCUUGUCAUGUGUUCAAUGUGGCAAGCCUGCACAUCUUCAGUGUCCCAAGUGUAUGGAGCUAAAGCUUCCUCGUGAAGGUGCUGCGUUCUGUACACAAGAUUGUUUCAAAGCUUCGUGGAGCUCUCACAAAUCAGUUCAUUUGAAGGCAAAGCUACUUGGGACAGGUGCUGCAGGCGGAUCAGACAGGGCUAGUGAAGGCUGGUUAUAUUGUGUGAAGAAAGGACAGGGUCGAACUCCACAACUUCCCCAUUUUGAUUGGACAGGAGCACUGAGACCAUAUCCCAUAUCUGGCAUGCGUUCUGUACCUGCUCACAUUGAUCUACCUGAUUGGGCUGUGGAUGGAAUACCAAAAAUUGAGCCCAACAGUGAUCUGCAGCAUGUUGUUGAGGUUAAAAGUCUGGACCAAAUUGAGAGAAUGCGAGAAACAUGUCGAAUUGCAAGGGAGGUUUUGGAUGCAGCAGCUCAAGCGAUUCGUCCCGGAGUGACAACAGAUGAAAUUGAUAGAGUGGUUCAUGAGGCAACUAUUGCUGCUGGGGCUUAUCCAUCUCCCCUCAAUUACCAUUUCUUCCCAAAGUCUUGCUGCACGUCAGUUAAUGAAGUAAUCUGUCAUGGAAUACCUGAUGCCAGGAAAUUAGAGGAUGGUGAUAUUGUGAAUAUUGAUGUGACUGUGUACUAUAAAGGUGUUCAUGGUGAUCUGAACGAAACAUACUUUGUGGGAAAUGUUGAUGAACUGUCUCGUCAAUUGGUCCAAUGUACAUACGAGUGUUUGGAGAAAGCUAUAUCUAUUGUGAAACCUGGGGUGAGGUUUCGUGAAAUCGGUGAAGUCAUUAAUCGUCAUGCUGUAAUGUCAGGAUUUUCUGUGGUAAAGUCUUAUUGCGGCCAUGGUAUUGGAGAGCUGUUCCAUUGUGCACCAAAUAUUCCCCACUAUUCAAGAAACAAAGCAGUUGGUGUGAUGAAAGCCGGACAGACCUUUACAAUUGAACCUAUGAUUAAUGCAGGAGUUUGGCGUGAUCGGAUGUGGCCUGAUGGUUGGACAGCUGUGACUGCUGAUGGUAAAUGCAGUGCUCAGUUUGAGCACACUCUUCUGGUUACUGAAACUGGUGUUGAAGUUUUGACGGCAAGAUUGCCUUCAUCCCCAAACAUGUUUCCUUGGCUAAACGCAUAGGUUAUACCACCAGCGUAGCCUGAAUUUACCAGCCUUUAUAUUUUGUUGAACCAUGCAAUUUGUGUGAUAAUAAUUGUUCAAUUUUGAAUUUAGGUUAAAUGGAUUUUCCCAACGGUUUCGUCUACGUACACUUAGGGGCUAGAUUUCAUCUGGUUUGAGCUUGCACAAGGCUUAGGAAAUUGGUUUGAAUUCAGAGAAGACAAUUUGAGAUGGGUUUGAGAUUGAUAAAUUGAGACUUCAGUUUGGUUAAAACAAUUUUAUUUUGAAUCCUGUUUGAACUCAAAUAAUUAGAUCUGUUGGAAUUUGACUUA